GGCCCUGUGCCGUACAGCAUGGCGGCGCUGUGGCGGCGGGCGCGUCCGCCGGCAGUGUCGGGGCUGUGCCGUACGCUCCGAGCGCUCUCAGGAAAGAAUGAGUAUGAUCUUCUGGUCAUUGGUGGAGGGUCUGGAGGCCUUGCUUGUGCAAAAGAAGCUGCUCAGUUUGGAAGAAAAGUGGCUGUUCUGGAUUAUGUUGAACCUUCCCCCCGAGGAACCGCAUGGGGACUUGGUGGAACUUGUGUGAAUGUUGGCUGCAUUCCUAAAAAGCUUAUGCAUCAAGCUGCCCUUUUAGGGAGUGCCCUUAAAGAUGCCCAGCACUACGGCUGGAAUAUAUCCCAACCUGUUCAUCAUACCUGGUCUGUGAUGGCACAAGGUGUUCAGAAUUAUGUGAAAUCCUUGAACUGGGGACACAGAGUGCAACUACAAGAAAAGAAGGUGAAAUAUUUCAACAUAAAAGGAAGUUUUUCUGAUCCACAUACAGUCCGUGGUUUAACAAAAGCAGGUAAAGAGAUUGUUGUUACUGCAGAUAAUAUUGUCAUUGCUACUGGAGGAAGACCAAAAUACCCUAUGCAUGUUGCAGGUGCACUGGAGUAUGGAAUCACAAGUGAUGAUCUCUUCUGGUUAAAGAAAUCUCCAGGAAAAACGUUGGUUGUUGGAGCCAGCUAUGUUUCCCUUGAGUGUGCUGGUUUUCUAACAGGCAUUGGAUUGGACACUACAGUCAUGAUGAGAAGUGUCCCACUUCGUGGGUUUGAUCAGCAAAUGGCUUCUUUAGUAACUGAGCACAUGGAAUCUUAUGGCACAAAAUUUUUAAAGAGAUGUGUCCCAACUAAAGUUGAAAAAUUGGAGAGCGACAGAUUGCAAGUCACUUGGAAAAAUGCUGACCUGGACACAGAAGAAACGGAUUCUUUCAACACCGUUAUGUGGGCAGUAGGCCGAGCCCCUGACACCAAAACUCUCAAUUUGGAGACAGUUGGAGUGAAAACUAACUCUGAAACUGGAAAGAUUAUUGUUGAUGCCAGUGAAGCUACUUCUGUUCCUCACAUUUAUGCAGUUGGAGACAUAACAGAGGGCCGUCCUGAAUUAACACCCACAGCAAUAGCUGCAGGAAAACUGCUGGCUCAGCGUCUGUUCGGCCAGUCUUCAGAGCUGAUGGACUAUGACAGUGUGCCUACCACAGUCUUCACUCCCUUGGAAUAUGGUUGUGUUGGCCUGUCAGAAGAAGCAGCUGUGCAACGUCAUGGAUCAGAUAAUAUUGAGGUAUACCAUGCAUAUUAUAAACCUUUAGAGUUCACAGUGGCUGAAAGGGAUGCAACUCAAUGCUAUAUGAAAAUGGUGUGCUUACGAGAGAGGGAGCAACGAAUACUUGGCCUUCAUUUCAUUGGACCAAAUGCAGGCGAAGUUAUUCAAGGAUUUGCUCUUGGAAUCAAGUGUGGUGCUACGUAUCCUCAGAUGAUGAAGACAGUUGGCAUUCACCCCACCUGUGCUGAAGAAGUUACCAAGUUGCACAUUACAAAGCGUUCUGGCCUGGAUGCAACAGUCACAGGAUGCUGAGGUUAAAUACCAUCCCUGGAAAGAAGGAAAAAAAGCACAAAACAUAUUUGUAAAGAAAAGGGGCACUUAAAGGUGAAACAGCUUUAAUGGUUCAGAUUACAGGAAUCUUUCUUUUUCUCCUUGUAGAGAGGUUUUUCUUACAGCCAAAAAAAUUUCCUUGCACCAUCACAAUUCUAAAACCAAUGUAGUCCUGCUGCAACAAAUCUCUCUUUCUAAGGGCCUAAAGCUCUUCUGUUGCUGGGAGGUAGGGAAUAAUCACAGUAUUUUAUAUGUAAAUAUAACUAAAGCUCGUGACAUCUGAGGCCAUCUACAAACGAAGCAGUUGUCAUUUGGGUUUCCCUCUUGGCCAGCAGAAGAGUCUCUCAUGCUGGGAAUCAGACAGGACAUAAGUUUGGUGGGAUGCUUUGUCCUGCCUGCUUGGAUUGCUCAUUACUGAUCCUAUAUUGAACACUGAGACUCUGCAUUUACUCCUGGAAACAAGUUCCUGGGGUGCAUAAUAAAGGGUAGGCAGUCAUCUUUGCGUUUUUUCCUUUACAAUGUAAUAUGUAAUACGUAAUGGAAUUUAAUAGAAAAUCACCUGAAGCUGUUCUGCUGCUGGAAGAAUUACAAUGGAUUCAUCAGUAGCAGCCUGGUCACGGUGUUAUGGAGAGGACUGAGAAUGAAUGAUCUCAGAGGUGCUAAAGAAAGAGUUGAAUUUUAUGGUGGCGUCUCUGCCUACUCCUGAAAUUUUUAGUUCAGCUCAGUCCAAACUAAAUUGACACAUCUCACAAAUUACUGUUUGAACAGUGUAUAUUAAGCUGACAAGUAGAGUAAAACCCUCUAAUAAUCCACCUUAUGCAGCAUUUUCUGUUUUAUAGAAUGCAGAAAUAUGGCUGACGCUGAAAUACUUUCUUGGUUUGUUUUUAAGACUUUCUUACUGAUGAGCUGGAGACUAUAUCUGAACUGACUUAUGUCUGGCUUUAAUAAAACACAUAACUGAAGGGAACUACAUUAAGCAGUGAUCCAGAAGAGAAAUGGUCCUGCCCUGAGCAAAGAUAUAAAAUAAUCAUCUGCAACUUUUUGUUUUGUUUUGUGGGUUUUUUGGGGUUUUUUUUGGUUGGUUUUUUUUUUUUUUUUUUUUUUUUUUGCUUUUUUUUUUUUGUUUCUGUGUACUGGCCCGAGUAAGAAAGCAUUACCCUGUUGCAAAUUCCUGCUUGCUUUUGUGCUCUCCAGAAGGGGGAGGUGCUGGCUCAUCUGUGGCAAGAGAUGAAUAAAUCUGAGAGUGAAGCAGAACUUCUUGUGCAGAACCCUGUUAAGGAGAAAGCCUGAAAAAGGCACACACAAACCAAUCUGCACUGAAUUUCAAUCCCAGUCACAGUUUCUUACACCCUUUACAGCAGAAUAGUGUUCAUUGGAAGACACCAGCUUCAGGUGAAACAAAAUAUAUCCUUUUUGCAGUCAAUUGAUAGCAGUGCUUUAUGUGUGGAAUUUGUUGUUUUCAUUCCAAACUUGUUGCAGUGUUGAAGAAUAGUCUGAUGAUCAUGUAUAUAUCUGCUGUUUUAAUGUGAUUGGUAUUUCACUGCUGCAGCAACACAGACAAAUGCUUGGUUUAUAUCGAGUGUGAAACAAUUUUUACCAUAAGAAUUGUACCUGUCUGAGAAACUAUUAGACAAAAGGGAUCAAAACUUACUUGUAAAAUAGGAUUUAACAGCAUUUAUCACACUCUCAUUGAUAUGAGAAUAUUACAUUUUCAAUUUUUUUUUUUAACUUAAACAACAACAAAAGAAGUCUUAAAUGUUUUCUCUACAAAUUUUCCUGAUUUUUUUUUUUUUUUGGUCCAUGUUUCUGGUUCAUAAAAUAGAAAGAAGUGAUACAGUUGGACUCCAAGUGGCAUUCCCUAUCAGACCUGUUGAUGCCAUUUUUCAUCUGUGAAGUCAUCCAUAAGUUUUUAGUUGACAAGAAAUAUUAGGAUUGGAAGUGUUGUUGAAACGGUGCAUGAAUUUUGCAGCUGCCUUUAGAAGAAAUGAUGACAACUUUAUAUUAAUAGGUGCAUACCUGCACAUUCAGAAGUUUGUUUCCUUUAAUAAAGGGCCUUAUGAAUAUGAUGCAGCCAAAACCCUUGCUAGAUUUUCCUCAGCUGUUUACAAAAAAGGAGUUCAGAGUAAAUUAGGGUUUCUUAAAAUGUUUUACUUAAUAUUCCAAAAUAUACAGCCUAAUAGAGAUUUUGCUGUGAGAAACAGCUCACCUCUGACAAAACUCCAAUGUUUAUCCAUACAAGUUUUUCUUUCCAGUGAUUAUCUGUUUUAGUUCCUUUUGUUUCCCAAAAAUGAAAGCACUGGUGUUUAACCAGUAAAAUCUGCUUCUCUUCUCUGUCGUACCAAUGCAUCCAGCAGAGUUCUGUCCCUACAGACAAAUCAAUGGAAAGAUUAGUUAAUUUCAUUCAUCAUAAAGUUCAAAUUAAUUAUUUGGCACAGCAAAUAGAGAGAUCUCAAGGAAAUGUGUCCUCGGUGCAUAUAGAGUGUGAAACUAAGGCAUGUCAUGGUUUUCAGAAGAAACAGAACUGUGUUGGUUUUAGAAUUGCUGAGUGGCCUGCAUGAAAUUGUUCCUGUCUCUUCAACAGCAGCCGGGUUCUGUUCCUCAUUUAGUGGAAAAUGCUUUUGCCCCCUGAAGUAAAACCAAACAUACAAUCCCACCUACAUAAUAAUGUCAGAAUCAACAGCAAGACAGAAUAAUGACAAAUAUUGUGAUUGUGCUUUUUUUCCUGAAGGAUUCACCAGGGAUGGUGCUUAAAAAUUGUUUUUAAAAGCCUGACCAAUGUAAAUUGAAACAAUUGAUGUACAUCGCAACUUAUGAUUGCAUGUGAAAAUGUACAAAAAAAAACUAGUCAGGCUUCUUAGGAUGCCAGCUGAUGAGGAUUUGUUUGUCAAAUCACACCGUGGUGCAAACAAGUCUGAGCCUUUCUGGGUCCCUCAUCUGUGUGAUCCCAAUAUUUAUUGUGUUAUGAAUUAAUAAAUAAUAUUUUUUCUAGUAAA